GAACUCAGUGAGAGUUGCAUUGAUUGAUUGAAUGAAUGUUUGCACAGACCGGAAACAGCUGUGGGAACUUGGUGAUUAGGCACUUUGAAAUCCGACCUACUUUAUUUGAAUGCACUCGGAGUCCAGUGUUCUCCCACCUGUCGUCGUCUCUUCAGGGCCUGUGGACCAUCCGAGCCUUUGGAGCAGAGGAGAGGUUCCAGAAAGCCUUCAAUGCCCAGCAGGACCUGCACUCAGAGGCCUGGUUCCUGUUGCUGACCACCUCUCGCUGGUUCGCUGUCCGUCUCCACGGCAUCUGCUCCAUCUUUGUUACCGUCACCACCUUUGGCUGCCUGCUGCUCAGAGACCGUGCAGCUGAAGUCCGCGGAGGAGGAGCUGCCCGGGCAGUUGGAGACGGUUCUGGCCGAGUCGGGCUCCACCUUCAGCGUGGGCCAGAGGCAGCUGGUGUGUCUGGCCAGUGCCAUCCUGAGGAAGAACCGCAUCCUGGUCAUCCACGAGGCCACGGCCAACGUGGACCCCAGUUUGUCUUCAAAGCUUCCUGCUGUAGCUGCUGGUCCUGCUGUAGCAAACGUGCAGUGAAAGCAAGACAGAUGAGCUGAUCCCUCAUCGUCUCAACACCAUCAUAGACAGCGACAGGAUACCGGUGAGU